CCCCCCGCUCUCUGGCCAAUAACGCUCAUUUGGAGCAUACCGUUCCAUGCGUUCCGUCGUGAGAUGAGAACGCUUGGGAACGAGGUUACCGAGAGUCUUCCAGCAGCACUUCAACUGACCAGCGAGCUAACGCAAACAAGCAAGCAGUCGGGGUUGUCACCGCUUUCCCCUCCAUCCCCCGUUAUUCUUAUUCUUUUGAAGAUUCCUUGUUGUCAAGCCGCCAAAGUGGAGAGUGUGAUUGCAGAAGGGGGUGCUUCUCGUUUCAGUGCUUCUUCGGGGGGAGGAGGUGGUAGGAGUGCACCUCAGCACUAUCCCAAGACUGUCGGCAACAGCGAGUUCCUGGGGAAAACCCCAGGGCAAAGCGUACAGAAAUGGGUUCCUUCACGAAGCACUAGACGAGAUGCCAACUCCAGCAACGAAAAAGAGCGACACGAUGCAAUCUUCAGGAAAGUGAGGGGCAUACUAAACAAGCUCACGCCUGAUAAGUUUGACAAGCUAUGCCUUGAGCUCCUGAACGUGGGCGUAGAUUCUAAACUCGUCCUUAAAGGAGUCAUCUUGCUGAUUGUAGACAAAGCACUAGAAGAGCCAAAGUAUAGCUCGCUCUAUGCUCAGCUAUGUCUGCGCUUGGCAGAGGACGCACCAAACUUUGAUGGCCCAUCACCGGACAUCCAGUCAACCCAAAAGCAAAGCACAACCUUCAGAAGGCUGCUGAUUUCCAAGCUUCAAGAUGAAUUUGAAAACCGCGCCAGAAAUGUUGAGCUUUAUGACAAACAUGACAACCCGCUUACUUCUGAGGAAGAGGAGCAGCGGGCCAUCGCCAAGAUCAAAAUGCUUGGCAACAUUAAAUUCAUCGGGGAACUUGGCAAGCUGGACCUCAUCCAUGAAUCUAUCCUUCAUAAGUGCAUCAAAACACUUCUGGAAAAGAAGAAGAGAGUCCAGCUCAAGGAUAUGGGGGAAGAUCUGGAGUGCCUCUGUCAGAUAAUGAGGACGGUAGGGCCGAGGCUCGACCAUGAGAAAGCCAAGUCUUUAAUGGGUCAGUACUUUGGCCGUAUGCUGUCCUUAAUGAACAACAAGGAGUUGCCUGCCAGGAUCCGGUUCCUGCUGCAGGACACCAUGGAGCUGCGAGAAAACAACUGGAUUCCCCGCAAGGCCUUCAUCGACAACGGACCAAAGACCAUCCACCAGAUCCGUCAGGAAGCAGUGAAAGAUUUGGGUGUCUUCAUUCCAGCACCCAUGUCUCACGGGAUGAGGAUGGAAUUCUUCCUGGAAGGCCCCUUCAUGCCCAACCGGAUGAAAUUAGACAGGGAGACUCUUGGAGGAUUGGCGGAAAUGUUUGGACAGAUGCCAGGCGGUGGGAUCGGGACCGGGCCGGGGGUCAUUCAGGACCGGUACUCUCCCACCAUGGGGCGCCAUCGAAGCAACCCGCUCUUCAACGGCCACAGUGGCCACAGCACCCCUCCGCCGCAGUCUCAGUUCGACAUGGGGGCCAAGUCUUUUGUCAAGUCUAACCAGGUUCAGAACCAGCAUUUUCACAACCAGAACCACUUGGCCCAACAGCAGUCCCAGUCCAAGGACCUGGCGCCCCGCUUCAGCAAGAAAGGGCAGCCCACUGCAGACGAGAUCAGCUUGAGGCCGGCCCAGUCCUUCCAGCUGGUGCCCAAGCUCCAGCCCCAGUCGCCCGCCAUGAUCCCCCCCAGCGCCCAGCCCCCGCGCACCCAAACCCCCCCCCUGGGCCAGCCUCCACAGCUCGGCCUGAAGACCAACCCCCCGCCCAUCCAGGAGAAACCCCAGAAGAUCAGCAAGAAGCCUCCGCCCACAAAGGAGGAGCUGAUGAAGAUGACGGAGACCAUCAUGGCGGACUACCUGAACACCAAGAGCCUGGCUGACGCGGCCGGCGGCGUGCGCGACAUGAAGGCGCCCAAGCACUUCCUGCCCGAGAUGCUGAGCAAGAUGAUGGUGUGCUCCCUGGACCGGCCGGACGAGGACCGCGAGCACGUCAGCACGCUGAUCCACGCCCUGCGCGCCGACGGCCUGAUCACCGCAGAGAACUUCAUGCAGGCCUUCCUCAGCGUGCUGGACCAGUGCCCCAAGAUCGAGGUGGACACGCCGCUGGUCAAGUCCUACCUGGCCCAGUUUGCGGCGCGGGCGGUGAUGGGCGAGCUGGUGAACAUGGCGGAGCUGGCCCAUCCGCUGGAGAACGGCACGCACUUCCCGCUGUUCCUGCUGUGCCUGCAGCAGAUGGCCAAGCUGAAGGACCGCGAGUGGCUCACCGACCUCUUCCAGCACAGCAAGGUCAACAUGCAGAAGAUGCUCCCCGAGAUCGACCAGAACAAGGACCGCAUGCUGGAGAUCCUGGAGGGGAAGGGGCUCAGCUUCCUGUUCCCCCUGCUCAAGCUGGAGAAGGAGCUCCUGAAGCAGAUCAAGGCGGACCCCUCUCCACAGUCCAUCUACAAGUGGAUCAAAGACAACAUCUCCCCGCGGCUGCACACAGACAAGGGCUUCGUCAACAUCCUCAUGACCAGCUUCCUCCAGUACAUUUCCCUGGAGCUGAGCGUGGCGGAGGGCGACGACCAGCUGUCGACCCCGAGCAAGGAGCAGCUGGAGCAGGAGAGGCUGCUGCUGCUGGCCUUCAAGCCCGUCAUGCAGAAGUUCCUCCACGACCACACCCAGCUGCAGGUGGGGGCCCUGUACGCCCUGCAGGUCCACUGCAACGCCAGCGGCUUCCCCAAAGGCAUGCUGCUGCGAUACUUUGUCAACUUUUACGACAUGGAAAUCAUUGAAGAAGAAGCCUUCCUCGCAUGGAAAGAAGACAUCACCCAAGAAUUCCCUGGAAAAGGAAAAGCUUUGUUCCAGGUAAACCAGUGGCUCACCUGGCUGGAGACGGCCGAGGAGGAGGAGUCGGAGGACGACGCAGACUGAUCAACCAAUCAGAAGCGGGCAUCGGAGUGAACCUCGUCCAGCUAGUACUCCACUCUGCCUCUCCCGUUGUAUCGGGCUCUGUAAGCUUCAUGUAACCACUUCCACGUGGCACUCGGCUGCUUGUGUAACGUGAAAAAAACCAGUAGAAAAACCAACGCAUGUACGACAGUUUGUUACCACCUAAGACUGCUCCUUCUCUAUGAUACGCUAAGAACGGCAUUCUGCUCAUUGGAUGAUUUGCAUUUGACCUCUGUCCCGAUUUGGUCACAUAAAUUCUAAACCGUGACUCAA